AUGGACCAGACGGCCUCGGGUACUGGGAACGAAUUCUUCCAGUAUACAGCACCCAAACAGCCUAAGAAAAACCUACCAGCCGCAGGUGUGGGCCCCCCAACGCAGAAGCCUCCUGCACCUGCGGGAGCGCCCUCCGUCUUUGUCGCCACGGCCGUUCACGCCUAUCGGUUCACGAAUGGGACCUACGUGAAACAAGGCAAAUACGGAGCAGCUGUAGUGGGAAGCCACGCCACUCAGGAGGGAGCCAGCUUUGCGCGCCAAAUCCAACUCUCUCAGUGAGCAACUGGCGGUAAGUCUUUGGUUCACCCGGAUUGGCUUUCAUUUCUCCAGGUUUUUAAUUUCAGGGUUUGACCUAAACCAGGGGUGGGAUUCACAUUUUUUUUAAGACCAGUU